CUGGCUGCGCGUCAUCGCUAUCAACCAAUCAGAGGCGUUGAUGUUGCGACGGCUUUAGCGGGUAGACUUUCGAUCUGAAGUCGGCUACACUAUUCAAGUUAACGAGCAUUGUUUUGGUGACUAGAAAGUCCUCAGGAUUUAAAAGUACCAGUCUAACGAGGCUCACUUAUUGUUUGUUUGUCACGCGAUGUCGUAACAAACAGGAAGAGGUGUUUUCCUUCAAGCUCGUUUCUUCACUUUAACCCCUUUACUCACAAUGCUAACUAGCUAGCUAAUGCUAAUGUAAGCUAACCCGAAGCUACAUUUUUUUUAAUGAUGAAGCUCUAUGACAAAGGAUCCUGUUUUGUUGUCGAAUCACAGCUCAUAAACAAGAACUUAAUAAGUACACAGUAAACAUUUUGGAUGGCGGUGGCUCCCGCCUCGAUGGCGGAUAAGAUCAUAGUCCUUGAUGAUGAAGAUGAAGAGGACUGUCCUCAGCCCUCCUGCGCUGCCUCCACCUCGUCCUCUCAGCAUCAAGCCAAAAAGGUCUCGCCACUCAAAGCUCAGCAGUCUGCCCCGACCCACAUUACCCAGUCACCUUUUGCCUCAGCAAAGAAGGAUGCACACGUUCUGAAGGUGGAAAAUCAGAGCUUGUUCUCAGAGUUUGUGCAGCACUGCUCAGUUCUCACCAAGGACUGCCCUGAGGUCUUAACCUUCCUCCAAGCCAAGCAUUCAAAGGCCUCCCCUGACUUUCUGUCAUCCGUGGAGUUCAGGAACACCAUUGGACGAUGUUUGACUCGUGCUCAGGCCAACCGCUCCAAAACCUUCGUCUACAUCAAUGAACUGUGCACCGUGCUCAGGCAGCAUGCGGCCAAGAAGAGGCAGACCCUCACCAAGGUUGAGCCUGGGCCUUGUACCUCAACGUCGAACUCUUUCCAGUCUACCUCUGCUUUUCUCAAUAGUACAAACAAGACUAAAGAUAAGAUGGAUGAGGAGGAAGGCGGGGGCAAAGUGGCCUCAGAUGAUAAGCAACCCUCUACGUCAGGGCUGCAGGAGGGCGCUGGGGGGGGGCAGGAGGGCGCUGAGGGGGGACAGGAAGCUGAGAAAAAGGCAAAGAGGGCAUCCAGGAAACAGAUAGCGUACCUGGAGAACCUACUGAAGGUGUACAAUGAUGAGAUCAGCCGUCUGCAGCGGGCCGAGAUGAGUUUAGACGACAUGGGGACCGAAGACUCGACGUACAUCCAGGAGCACAAACUGAAACGCAAAAUGAUGAAGAUUUAUGAGAAGCUGUGCGAACUGAAGGGCUGCAACACACUAACAGGCCGGGUUAUUGAGCAGAAGAUCUCCUACAGCAGCACUCGUUACCCUGAGAUCAACAGGAAGAUCGAACGUUUCAUCAACAGUCCUGAGGCGCACAGAAACCCUCCGGAUUACCCAGACAUCCUCCGGCAGGUUCUGCGAGCCAACGAGCGCCACAACCUGUGCCUGAGCAGGAAACAGCUGAACCAGAUCGCCCAGGAGGCCUUCAGAGAUACCGGGAGCCGCAUGCAGGAGAGACGCCACCUGGACAUGGUGUACAACUUCGGCUCGCACCUCACUGACUCCUACAAGCCGGCCACAGACCCGGCUCUGUCGGACACCUCCUUGCUCCGUAAGCUGCGCUCCAACAGAGAGGAGGCCCUGACCCGUCUAGAGGAGGUCAUCACUAAGUACGCUGUCAAACAAGAGGACACCGAGGAGCUGGAGAGGAUCAGACGACAGGAGAAAGACGGCAAAGACAAAGAGGGCAACAAAUCAGAGAAGCAGGAAGAAAAAAAUGAGACAAACGGAGUAGGAGAGGAAGCAGAAGAAGAUGUGGAGGAGGAGGAGGAUGAUGAAGAUGACGAAUCUUCAGACCCAGACAUUGAGGAAGAGAUUCAGGCCAGCACUCAGCAGGACGGACCAGAUGAGGAUGAGGAUGAGGAGGAAGACAACAACGAGGCGGAGCAAGCUUGUGAUGAAACCAUCAAAGAGGAUCAGACAGACCAGCAGUCAGGAAGCGUCUCUGCAGGGGAAGAAGCAAACAUUAAAGAUGAGGACGAGGAGCCCGUCACCAGUGGACCCAGUCCUCUUUCUGAUGAGAGCAUAUCCCUAAUCUCUCCGCUGUCUGACAUCCCCUCUCCCAGACACAGCCCCAGCCAAUCAGAGCCCAUGCAGACUGAUGACCACCAGCCCUUAUCUAAUGGUAACCUCGAAGGAUUAAAAGAGCCCGUGGAGUCCACCAAUCAUGUUUCAGUUGUGCCGGUCAGCACAAGCAAAGACAAUGAGAGCCCGCCAUCUCCUGUCGCAGCCAAUGGGGUGUCGUCGCCACAGGCGGUCUUGAUAGAGUCAUGUGACACACAGACCACCACGGGCACGUCGCCGCUGUCCACCCCUAAAGUCACGAGGGGCCAGAAGAGGAAGAGAGAGGACGUUUCUUCAGAGAACUCCCGAAACUCGAAACACAUCAUCAUCCAUGACAGUGAGGUAGAUAUUCCUCUGGACAUGGGCGUUUUUAGCUGCAAGUCCCCACAGCAGGCCGAGUCCACCAGAGCAGACACUCCAACCCAGGAAAUAGUCAGCAGCUCACAGUCGACGCCGCCGCCGAAGAGAAACAAGGUCAACGUGGCCACCCAGUGUGACCCGGAGGAGACCAUCGUCCUCUCAGACUCUGAUUGACCUUUGACCUCUCACUGUCCUGCAGGAUUCGUCCACCUCUCACUUUGCAUUCUGAGAUGGGUUUUCCUGAAGGCACAGACGUUCACUCAGUGUUUUCCAAUUAAAGCUGUGAAUCAGCUGAUUUGAAUAUUAAAUGAACCGUCAAUAUCAAGUUUCUGCAGAAUGCAAAAAAACUGCCGUCCGUAGCUGUGGAAGACAGGGAAAGGUAUGAACUGAGUACCUCAUGUCACUUGGUUGCAUUUUUUACCGAACAAAAGCCAAGACAGUGUUUUUGUUAGAAUAUAAAAACAUCUUUUGAAAGAAAGCUGCUUUAACUGGUCAUGUUCUAAAAGAAAUCAGGGUUUUCGACGCUCUCUUCUCUCGCUCUCUCUCGGGAUGAUUAUUUCUUGACUUCAACUUCUGUUAGCGUGGCUUGGGGAAGAAAUCAGUGCCUGAUGAAGUGAACUGUGCUGUGGGACGUGUGGACACACGGGGCGGGUUUUUUCACACUGGACUGGUGAGAGCUGGGUGAGCUCACUGCCAGUUUGUUUACAUUUUUAUAUUUCUAAUCAGCUUUUUUCCAAUAAAGAAGAGGGGAGUGCGGGUCUGCGUGGAAAGAAUUUUGAGGAAACAUUGUUUUACUUGCCGUUGAUAUUUAUGCAUUGAAUCAGUGAACGUUUGACUGAUGGCGCAGCUUGUGGGCUGCAGCGGUGGAGAUAGAGAACACUGACGUGUUGAUUUUUCCUUCCAUGUGUUCCCUCUUUUAAACACAGUUCUUGUUUUUAGGUCUUUAAUAAAGGGAGUUUAUUUCAGAGCUCUUUCUGCUGCAGGGUACAUAACAAGUUUUCAGAUAGCUUCUAGUUCGAAUGAGGAAAACUGAUCAGGAUCAAUGACAACAGAGUGAAAGAAAAAUCUAAACUUCAUCUAUCCCCAAUUAUUAUUAGUAUCAUUUGAUGUCUUUAUCAGUAGCCCUAUAUUUGUCAUUCCUCUGUGCCAAAUAAUCAAUAAAAUACAACUAUUUUUUGACCCUUUUUUCUAGAUUUGUGUGUUCUUGACGAACAAAAAGGGCUCAGAGAUGAGAAGAGGGUAAUAACAUCUUCUUAGGGAGGGAUUUAUUGACACCAGGAAAAAAGUGAAACAAUUCCAGCCUUCUCCUUUAAGCAGCUACAGCACAACAUGUGUCAACGUUAUGGAGGAGAAACUGAGAGUUAAACAUUUCCUCCUCCAAAGGUGUCUGAAACAGCGAUGAGACUCAAUGUAGCAUUGGUAGUUUUUCGCCGGACUUCUGCUCUGAGCUCCGAUGUCUACCUUUAUCCUGCUGCUUCUCACAGUUUGAGCCUCCACAGAGCUCUUUUGACAUGAACAUCACAUUCUCUCUAAAUCUUAAUAAAGAAAAAUCCCUGACCACUGAACUUUAAGUAGAGAACAUUUUUUCUGAGGAAGAUUCUGUUUCAUAGAUUAACAUCAGUACACGACUGUUUGCACAGUUGUGCCUCCUCCUGUCAGCACACUGGUUUUCAGAUAAACAUAGCCGCUCUUAUCUCCUCUCACAGCGUUACACUGAAGAUCUCUAGCAUUAAAAAAACACAUCUGAGUGUUGUGACCUGUAUAAACUGUCACCUUGGCUGAACCCUGGGUCAUAGAGCAUCACAUAUCUGAGAGUUGUACCAUCCUAAUUUUUUUGUAUUUUCCUCUUCCUCCCAUUUUAAUAUUUUCUUCACACAGGUGAAAUCAGAUUUUGGAUCUAGUCCUCUCUGCAGAGUUUUGAAAAAGUAGACUUUGAAUGUAGUUGUAGCUACGACCUGUCAGGCCUCGUUUAUACAGAGAAGUGAUCCAUCGCUCACUGUGAAAUUUUCCUUCUUCACUUUUGAUAUUAAAUGAUACAUUUUGUAAGUACA